AGUUUUCCCAUUUUGAACUGUUUCAGUUAGAGCUUUUCAAAUUGGUGAUGUAAAAACAAGCCAAAGUGCAACAUUAAUAUACCAGCUACCGUCUGAAUUUAGUUGAAAAAACUGUCAAAAGAGUACUAUUAUACUCAUAUAACUUGAAAUUGUGCCCACUUUAAUUUGAGUGACUUUAACUAUCGGCUGGCUUAUGUACUCUAGCCCAUUUUCGGAUCGUUUUUGUUUCGGCUGAUUUAUUGACACUCUUUCAAGUGGAAUUAUAAGGAAAACAUAAAAAAUAUAUACACCAGCAAGUUUAGACUUCUUCAUUUUUCAGCGCGAACAAACCGUUUUGCACUUCCUUUAUCGCCAAAGAGCUUUCCUUUGGUUGUCUAUCAGGAAAUAUUCAACAUACAGGUUUAAGCAAAGACCUGUAGAUAACCAGCAAACAUUUGCAGAGUUUGCUAUUCAAAUAUCGAAUUUACCCACUUAUAUGUUUUAUACAACCCUGUGUUAGAGCUCAAUUUGAAGUGUGGAUUACCAGCAACGUAAUACUUUACUCGAAAGCGAGGCUCGCUAGAAAUUAUAGAUCCUUUCCAGAUUUCUGGCUCUACCUUAUAAUGUAAAAUAUCAGAACAUUUGUUUCGAUGGUUCCAAUUUUAUUAUUUAGUUGAUAAACUGUCGACUACCUCAAAAGGUCAAAAGAAUUUAUGCAACUUCUACAAAAUCAAAACUAAUUGGCCAUACUCUUUCGACGAGUAACAGUCAUCAAAUAUGAGCAACAACAAUCAAAGCCCAGAGGUAUCGCCGGAUAACUCGCACGUCCAGACUCAAGUAUCAGCAUCGUCCGCAGACCCCCUUCUACCACCGCGCCCGACAACAGCCGCGGACCCGACUGACGUAAUGGUUAACAUCCAGGACAAUCCAGGGUCUUCCACAGUUGCGAAGAAUAGUGACGUCAUUCCCCUAAGACCGCGACGGCCGAAACGCCUGGAAUUCCCAUGUGGGAGACCCCGAGAGUUUAAGAUAGAGCUGAAUGGAAAGUGGAAUGAAAAAAUAGCUGAAGAAAAUCUGUUCGGAGGUAUUGGAAGACAAGCUAGCAGAAAGCCAAAGAAACCAAUAGAAACUCUAUUCAAGAUGAAAACUUGCAAGCAUUUCAUUCCUGACGAAAAAGAUCCUUCAACGUGUAAAUGCAAGCGGCUAGACAGCGAUCACGACAAAAGUGAGCCGUUUUCAACUGAUGAAACUGAAGGGAAGUGGGACGCCAAAAAACAUGCUAAAGAGAUUCCCUGUGAUUAUUUUGGGGAUGUAGAGCUGACCGACAAAAGUGGAUCGAAGAAAGUUUCAAAGUAUAUCAGACUCAGCGACGAAACAGAUCCGGCCACUAUCCUUGACCUAUUUCUCAAGCGCUGGGGUAUAAAAGAACCCAAUAUCAUAAUCUCGGUCACAGGUGGUGCAUUGGAUUUCCAGCUAGACCGAGAGUUGAGCGUCCAAUUCAAAAAAGGACUGGUGAAAACAGCCGCAGAUACCGGAGCAUGGAUAGUUACGGGCGGAACCAAUACAGGUGUGAUGGCAUAUGUGGGCGCAGCUGUGGCUGAGCAGCCUCUGAGAGUGCAAAGAAACCUCACUCUGAUUGGUGUGGCCGCCUACGGAAUUCUGUUCAACAAGGACAAAUUAGCCGGCAAAAAUGUGAAGGGACAGAAGGCGGAAUAUGCGCUGCCUGUUCCGGGAGAGAAGGGCAUUCCUCUGAACCCGGACCACACGCACUUCAUUCUUGUGGACAAUGGGUCCAUUGGAAACUUCGGAGUGGAGAUCAAUUUGAGGAGUAAAUUUGAAAACCACGUCAAGAACAAUCUUGGAAAAGACGAAGUUCCAAGCGACGCAGAAAGGAAAUCAUCGCGAAUGGAGGAAAUUGACGAAAGUGAAGAACCUUCAGUCCAGCUGGAGAGUUCAGAGAAGCGUAAGACUGGCUGUCAAGCAGUGUGUAUUCUGCUAGAAGGGGGACCCAACUCGGCCGAGACUCUCUACUCUAGUCUGGCUAAGAAGGUACCAUGUGUGGUAGCCAGUAACAGUGGAAGGGCCUCCGACAUCAUCACUUAUGCCAAAGAGAACACCAAAUACGAAAUGGAUCCAAUCACUCGUCGUCGAAUGGGCAGAUUCGAUGGUGAUGUGUUGGUGAAGUUGGAGACAGAAAUGCUAAACAGCUACGGUUGGAGGAAACUCCCCGAAGAAAUGCGGAGGGAAAACCUGGACAAACAACUGAUGUUUUUGAGAGAAAUUUGCGCAGAGGAUAACAACAAAUACGUGACCAUCUAUUCCAUUCGGGAUCCUCUGAACAAUGAUCUGGACAAGGUGAUUCUGGGGGCACUGAUGAGGGCGAUGCAAAAGGACGAAAAGGAGCCCGACGAGGAAGAUCUGAAGCGACAGCUGUUCUUCUCAGUUAAGUGGAACAGACCGGAUAGUGCUCGCGAGAACAUCUUCAACAGAAGCAGGAAUAAGUUCCAGCCAGAGUAUCUGCAGAGUGUGUUUGUGGAGUGCAUGUUGGAGAAUAAGUUCGAAUUUGUCAAUCUACUUCUGGACUGUGGAGUCACCAUGGAGAUGUUCAAGAAUGUAGUUGUGCUCGAACAACUAUUCAUAUACAAAAACAACCAGAAUGACCGGACUUUCUAUCAGUUCAUGGACUCUAUCGUCAUGAAGAGAUGUCCUACAGUUCCGUUCUUCUUGGCUAUGUUGCGGGGGAUGAAGCACUUGAUCGGGGGUGGGUUCCAAUUUGCAAUGCUCUCUGAUGACUUCGUCCAACGCUACACAGAAUACUACAACAAGAGGGUUGCGUGGGAGAAGCGUGAGAACAGGGAGAUGACGAUGGAUGAGCUGAUGGAGUUGGAUCCCCCGGAGGUCAAGGACCCCACCUUCGUUCUCUUCCUCUGGGCCAUCCUCAUGCACUAUCACGAAAUGGCGAAGAUAUUCUGGCGUUUUGGUGACAACUAUCAGGCGAAGGCACUGAUCGCAAUGCGCAUGUACACUACAAUGGGAGAACAGUUCAGUAACAUGGAUCCAGAAGUACUGGAAGAAUACAUCCAGGACUUUUCUGAUCUGGCUAUGGAGUUGCUGCAGAGGUGCUACAAGGCCAACGAGAAUGACUCCAGUCAGAUGAUAGUGUCCAAUCUAUCAAGUUGCAAGAGCCACUCCGUGUUGGGGUUGGCAGUUUUGGCGGAACACGAGGACUUCAUAGCCCACGCCUCCUCCCAGACAGUUCUCAAUGAGAUAUGGUCAGGUGGCAUCAAGCAAUGUGACGACAUGACACUCAGGGUGCUUGUCUCUCUGUUUUUUCCGCCCUUGGCUCUCUUCUUGUUCGAUUACGACACACUGGGAAAUAUCUUCGCGUCACAGCAUGAUCGUGAGAUUGGCUGGUUGCGGCUGCUGUUCUUUGUGUUCCUGAUCCUGUACACGUACUUUGUGCUGGGAGAGCUGCCCCACGAGCAGCCCUACAUAGAGAUAGUGCUCGCCUUCUUCGUCCUUUCCAUCACAACCGAGGAGAUACGACAAGUGCUGACUGAGAGUGGGAAGCUGGCGAAGAAACUAACUGAGUACUUCACCAGUAUCUGGAACUGGAUAGAUGUGUUCGGAGUGACCUUGUUCUGGGUUGCAUUCGGGAUGCGCUUCAUCCCCGAUGACACUGUCCGCAAUGUUGCCAGGCUGCUCUACAUUCUUGACGUGUUCUUCUGGUUUAUGAGGGUGCUGAACAUCUUCACUAUCAACAGGAAACUUGGACCCCUCGUCACCAUCAUCCUCACCAUGAUCCCGGAGUUGUUGCGUUUCUUCUUCAUCUGGAUUUUGUUCAUGCUGGCAUUUGGGGUGAUCGUGAAGAGUGUGUCGGAGCCAAAGAGGUAUGGCGAAGUGUCCUUCGUGGACAUGCUGCAAAUAGUGGACAUGAGCUACUGGCAGACAUACGGGGAGCUGUUCCUGGAGGAUCUGCAAGACGACGAGAAGUUGACAAACUGUACGAAGCACUAUGACGACGGGAGUGGUCUGCAGCCCUGUCCCUUCCUACCCGAAGCCAGCCUCUUCUUCACAGCCAUCUACAUGAUCAUAGGCAACAUCCUCCUUAUGAACUUGCUCAUCGCACUCUUCACUUCUAUCUAUGAGCAAGUGAAUGAGAAGUCGUUGACAGACUGGAAGAAUAAGCGACUGGACGUGAUAGUGGAGUACCACACUCGACCGCCCAUCCCCCCUCCCUUCUCCAUCAUCUACCACCUGUUCCUACUGCUCAGAUGGAAGAGCCACAUGCAGGAGGUCAAACAGUCCAAGGGACUCACGUUGGAUGUGAGCACCUCCCGGAUGUAUGAGUUGUUAAUGUUCGAAGAGGAGGUGAAGGAGGAGUUCAUGAUGGAGAGGAGUAGCAGACAGGGGGAGGACGUGUCCAAACAAGUCGUACAACUUACCCAGAAAUUCGACGAGGCUGACAAAGGACUUAGAACACAAAUAGCACUGCUGGAGAAUCAAUCUAGAGAGAACGGAAAACAACUAGCUCAAAUCCAGGAAAUGCUUCAACAGCUUCUGGACAAGCAAAGUUAAACAGAGUUUUGUUGCGAAUUAGAAAGGCUCAAAGAGUAAAGUGGAUAUAUUCUGGUCAUCAUUGAACACGUCAAAACUUCAUUCUUUUCUAUUUGCGAAUUCUAACUCACCAAAUUUUAUAGAAAACAAAAAUCAGUCUGAUGUAUGAAAUCUCAAAUAGUUUACGCAAGCUCAAUUGAAAAUUUAACGUUUCCUAAA